AAUCCCAACAUUCCCAAACGCGUGACGAAUUAAUCGCGUCGCGUCCGGAUUCCUGAGGAUUACCCGGCGUGCCCCGCGGGAAAGAUGGCGCUGGACGGGAGAAGAUGUAUAUAAACUUUAUCUGAAAUCUGCAGCAGUCGUUAUCAACACCUACAUUUAGCGGUAACGCACUCACAUCUACACACCGAGAGAUUAUCGGGAAGGACCGGGGGUUCGGAGAUUGAAGGAGCUCGCGGAGAGAUUUCGGCGUACGCUAGCGAGUGUGUUAGCCAGCGAAGACGAGGGGAAAGCGGGGGCAAAGUUUAUUCAGUUUGAGCCGGAGUCACGGCGGAUCUGCAUCUAAGUCCGGGCUGAACUGCUUAAGAUCUAUCAGAGGUCAUUGAUAGCCCUGAGGUUCACAUGCUCGGCGGGGGGUGGAGUAGCGGGAGGAAGAGGACCGAGACGUGUGAUAGAUUGAGUUUCCUUGGCGACUGGAGGGACACACUUGGGGCGAUGACUCUGGAGAAUGCAUCAUAUACACUUGAGGAUCGAGCUAGCAUUCCACAACAGCACGUCGUCCAUGCUGCUGCAUCUCAAAAGAAAACAUAAGAUUCCACUCUGCUCAGAGACCGGAGGACCGUCACCCGAGAAAUAAUAACGCUUUGGUUCUGAGGACCCUUGAAUGAGGACAGCACUGACACCAACUCUGCUUUCUGGACUAACCGACAGUAUACGGAAGCACGCUGAUCUCCCAGAAUGACGAGUGCUGCACCUGCCCGGAAACCGUAUCGCAAGGCCCCUCCUCAGCACCGUGAGACUCGUCACACUGUGCCGUCUUUCCGAGAGGAAGUCAGCGAGAGUGUCCUGCCGACCGCCAGCCCUGCGACAUCAGCCCAGCCUGACUCCUUCAAGGAGUCCUUAUCAGAUGAAGACAGGAUCAAGAUCCUACAGCAGCAAAAUGAAGACUUGCGUCGCCGCCUGUCGCAGACCACUCAUAAGAUGGAGACGAUUGAGACGGAGUUUGAGACCAGUCGGCAUUACAUGCAGGCAGAGAUGGGUCGCACCAGAGACGACCUUGAGAAAAUGAGAGACAAGUUCAGAAGACUUCAGAACAGCUACACAGCAUCUCAGAGAGCUAAUCAGGACCUAGAGGAGAAACUUCACGCCCUGCUCCGUAAAGUGGAAAGAGACAAGAAGACCAUGGAUCAGGAGAUAGUGGAGCUCACGAAUAAACUGGUGGAUGCCAAAAACACUAUCGAUAAACUGGAGGAACUGAAUGAACGCUAUCGACAGGACUGUAAUUUGGCCGUGCAGCUGUUGAAGUGCAACAAGUCACAUUUUAGGAACCACAAGUUUGCUGAUUUGCCUUACGAGCUACAGGACAUGGUGAACAAGCACAUGAAGAGCAACUUGCCUAACAAGGCACAGGGCUCUCAGGGAGCUCAAGCACAAGAGCCUGACACUCUCAGUCUGACUCCUGCAGACGUGGUGCCCACAUCCGUCAUUGCUCGUGUUCUUGAGAAGCCGGAGCCCAUGGUGCUCAACUCAGCCCAGUCUAGCAGCAGUGCCGGUCGACCAGCUGCCGAAGACGUAUUUGUACACGUCGACAUGACAGCACCUCAGGACGACUGUGGAGGACGUGAGAAUGGGGGGCCUGUUCAUUCUAGACCAAGUUCUGAUCAUCAGCAUGUGAACGGUAUGAGUCAAAGCCAGGGCAGUCUGGACGGUCCAUCGGGUGAAGAUGGUGCAUCCCCUUCUUUUGAAAAGCUGAAUCCCUACCCAGCUCCUCCACCCCCACACCCGCUUUACCCCGGUCGCAAAGUAAUCGAGUUCUCCUCAGACGAAAAAGUGAAAAUCCCCAAGAACAGCCCGUUGCCCAACUGCACGUAUGCCACACGUCAGGCCAUUUCUCUCAGUCUUGUGCAGAAUGAGGAGGAAGCAUCCGAGCGCCAGCGCACCGUGCCCAAUAGCCCUGCUGUAUCCGAUGGUGGCUGGCGCUCUGGCACGUCCUCAUCAUCUGGUGGAGGGCAUGCUUCUCACCAACGUUCACCGCCGAACAUGGAUGCCACAGACACUCUGUCCAGUCAUUCGAGCCCCUUUAGCAGUCCUCCUCAACCCCCAAGCGCCUUUGCCAGCUCAGGUAGUUCAGAGGAGGACCUACUGGCCAGUUGGCAACGCAUGUUCGUUGAAAAAAUGGCUCCAUCCACUGACGGCACCCUUGUAAACCGUACAUCCUUCAGCAGCGAGACGGUUAAGGAUCUCCAAAGGAGCCGUAAUGGAAAGUCAGGGGUAGGAGUGCACCGAGGUGCUUACUCCGACGGUGAGGAAGGAUCUUCAGCACAGAGCUGGACAGCAAGCCGAGAGUCCAGUUUAGAUACAGACACCAGCAGCCUGGCAGACCUCCGGGCCAAAAAGACGCAGUACGGAGGGGACUUUUGCCAAGAGGAGGGUGAACGUCUACUGAUGACCCUUGAUCCCCUUGACACUGAUGGUGCUAGCGGUGACACCAUGGUCACCGUCGAGAGCAGUCCGGCUUCUAUGAAGCGUCAGGAGUUUGCUGAAGAUGUCGGCUCAGUGGGAAAUUCUGCUGAAGAACGAGAUAUUCUGCCCCUGGACUUCCCUGUCAUUGGGUCAAGGGUCCUAGCCGCCCUGGAGGAUUUUGCAGACAAGCCCCCUCGGACUGGCUCAUCGAGACCUCUGAAGAGUCCCAAGAGGAUGGGAGUUCACCACUUGCACCGCAAAGACAGCCUUACUAGAGCUCAAGAGCAUGGAAACCUGCUGGACUGAGACUUUCAGGCUCACUCUUCUCUUGUUCUUUACCUUGAGUGCUCUUCAUCUGGCUAUCACUAGUCCUGGUCGAACACAAGAGGAAGGGAUCCGACCAGCAUUGCUGUAGCCAUUCCUGAUCAUGCUGCUGUUGUAUUCUAACUCUGCUGUCCUCUCUCUUUGAUGCGUGGAGCUUUCUUACUGUAUCUCUCAGAAUCCGGGAUGCAUCGAGAGGAAACCACUUGAGGGAUCGUUCCAGAAUGUCUGAGUUAAGGUAACUUUCACCACUGCAAGACAUGUCUCUGCUUGGCGUGACAUAGUUGAGGUCAGCAGGACAUAGCCAUACUAAGCCUCUGAGAGUCCUUUAAAUUAGGCAAGGACCGAUCCCUGUGGUGUCGCACGGGGAUGUAAAUGGAUGUUUUACAGUUACUCUUGCCGAGGGAGAGUUCUCAACCCAGAUGACAUAUAUCCAGUAUCCCAGUCCUUCGUUGCAAAAGAUUGUGAUUACACCAAACGACCAUAGCUUUGCAGAUACCGUCAGGUAGUCUGUGGGUUAAAGUGGAGUGUAACGGAUUCUCUUGUCGAUUUUCAGUGCCUAACCCUUGCUCUGACAGAGGGGGCUCUCCAUCACCCUUUAAAAGGACGUCUUGUUCCUUUAGUCUGCUUUCAAUCAGUACGAACUAAGAGGAUUCUUUACCUCUAAUUUUACCUCUCUUUAUCGAUCUGCCACUGUAUUUCAACACACAACAGCUUUUUUACUGUUGUAAACAAUAUGAAUCACGUAAGGUUUUUGAUUUUACUGUAUUGAUAUAUUGUUUUAAAGAACGAGUACUCUGAUACACUUCCUAAAUUUGUAUUCUCAUUUGUUUCAUUUGACUAAUGAUAUUUAAAUUUGAUUUGGUAUAUUUAGUUUUUUUUGUGUAUUUAUUUGUCUUUAUGGUUGAGUCUAAACUGUCCCGUUAUUUCACUUAAAGCAUAAGUGUAUUAGAUCAGAAUAUCAUCAUUAAAUGGGAAAGUAUACGAACCAUAACGUUAAUAGUGCUUACUUUAAUGGAAUGCAUUCAAAUUAAAUUCAAUCCGUGAUGUAUUUGGGGAUUUUAAAACAUAUGGCUGGGGUCAAAAAAUAUUUCAGUAAAAAAAAAUUAUGAUCAGUUUUUAAGAGUAAAAGUACUUUGUUCUGAUGUGUCAUUGGUAAUUCAUGUUUGGGUGUAUUAAUCCGCGCAUCCCCUCGCUGCUGACGGAACACAUUUCAGUGGAAAUGUUGAUAUUGAAACAAGCUAUGCAUAUAGUAACGUUAAAAAAUACUCAAAAGAUAACAAGGCAUUCUAUCUGUUGAUGAAUUUGCUUACAUAUAAAUGAGGAAUGUUGCAUUAAGCUCAAAAUUAGCAAUUUUGGCCAGAAGCGUUGACACAUAUAGAUUUUUGUUUGGUUUUAAACUCUUAAUUUCAUGGAAAGCCAUGGUUUGAUCUUAAGGAAUGUAGUCGUUUUUAUGUAGCAUCCACUUAUAGGUUCCUCUUUAUUCUUUUAAAUGAUCUAUUUCUGCUGUGUGUAUUUCAAGGGGAAUGUGCAUCCCACCAUCAUUUGAUGUGUUUUUGUGUGUAUUUUUGUCUAGAUUUCUCUUGAUUUGGGGUCAUCAUACAGAAGUUUUCUUUAUUCCAGUCUUAAAUUUGAGUCAUUUCAUUUCAAGCCUGGUUAAGUAGAAUUUUAACUGAAUUUGUGACUUGUCAGCUUUUCUGAGUUUCAGACCUAAGCAUCCUUUGUUUUGUUUUGGAUGAUUAUGUAUUUUAGAGAUUAUUAAACUCAAUGCUGCCUUUUUAA